AAGAGACUUGUUUAAAACUCUGAAUGAUUGUCAUGAGAUUUUUUAGUAAUUAUAUUUGCAAUGCUUCUCUUUUUUUAUUUAAGAGGACUGGAUGACAUUCAGAAUAGUUUCACAAGCUACUGCAUCAGCUGAACAUGCAUUGUAAAGUGCAACAGGCCUUCGCUGCAUGACUAAUUCUGUUUAGGAUGUCUUUAAGCUGCACACUAUUGCUUUUGGGCCACAAAUGGCCUCCUAAUGUAUCUCUGUAUUGCAGAGAUACAUUAGGAGGCAUUCCAGUAGCGGCUGCUUUUUCUGCUCUCAAUUAUCCAGCAGCAGAUGAAACAAUCCGGAUAUCUGACACACGCUGUUUACCCGGAUCAACACCCUGAGAUUCGACUUUCUUCUUUCACCUGAGGUCUUACAUUUCGUUAGAACAUGGAUGCCCCCUGCAGUGCGUCUGCGGCUCCAGCCGGCUUGACGGUGCAGGUGUGCUUCCCCGGCGCCCGGGCUGCCGUCUUGGACAAUCUCAACCGCCAGCGGGAGGAAGGUCGGCUGUGUGACCUCUCCAUCCAGGUGCAAGGGCGAGUGUUCAGGGCCCACCGCUGUGUGCUCGCUGCAUCCUCGCCUUACUUCCACGACCAGGUGGGCCCGGGCGCAGAUCGUCUUCAUUUGCCCACAAUAAGGUGUCGACCCCGAUAUUUCAAAACGUCUUCUAUCUCUCGACAGGUGCUGCUGAAGAACGUCACGACUGUUUCUCUACCUUCGGUCAUGGACCCGGUGGCCUUUGAGAGCGUCCUGAGCUCGGCCUACACUGGCCAGCUGAGCAUCGUGCAUGAUGACAUUGUGAAUUACGUCACCGUGGCCAGCUUCCUCCAGAUGUGGCACAUUGUGGACAAGUGCACGGAGAUCCUGAAGAGGCCUCGGCCCCCGGCAGACGUCAGCCCCGGGGAGGCCGCCGCGGCCCACCCCGGCACGGCGUCCCGCCAGCAGUCCCCGAGCAGCACCGACUGCUUGUACCUGGAGAGGGAGGGGCGACGGAAGGAGAGGAAGCCGGACGCCCUGCCCCCCUUGGCCACGUGGAGACGUCCGCAGCAGUUCCCCAGAUGGGGGCGCCCGCGCUCCUCGUCGGCCCAGCACUCAGCCGACUCCCAACUGGACACCAACGCCGGCUACGCGGCCAGCGAUUACGGCAACUGCGAGGAGACGUGGGCGUGCGGCCCCACCAAAGCGAGCCACUUGGCGCACGACGGGCCGGGCAGCAAUAGCCGGCACCACGGCGGGGGCCACGGGGGGGUCCCCGGAGGCGAGGCAUUCAAACAGAGGGUCAGGUUUCAACAGCGGGGCGCGGCGCCCGGCAGCAACAGACUGCCCGAUAAGAAUCGAGAGAGCGGGGACAGUGAGGAGACGCAAGAGAAGAGGAGGAGGGAGAAAAGGGAGAUUGAGGCAGACGAGGGAGUCGGAGAAGCAGCCGCGGGGAAGAAGGCGGGCUUUGUACACACGGGGCACUGCGACUUCCGCCCGUUUUCAGACGAGAGUGUAGGCCAAGCCGCGGGGAAGGCGAGUGUGGAGGAGAUGAAGGAAAAGGUGCAGCGAGGUUUGGCAGGAAGAGACCUCUCCUCGGACCCGCCCAGCGCUCACGCCUACCAAGCAGCUGAAGGAGUUCCGGGCCCCGCCUGUCCGCUGUCCGCCCGGCUGCAGUGGCAGACGGGCCCCUGGUCCCAACAGGAGCAGAGGCCGCAGGACGGAGAGGGGGGCAGCUGCAGUAAGGACGAGGACGAAGAUGAGGAGGAGGAGGAGGAGGCGGCGGCGGACUUUGAAUGCUUCACAGACGGGGCGGUGAGCCGAGGCACGUACAACGAGAUCCAAGACGGCACGGGACAGGUCUCCCAGAGGCCUCUAGUGCCUGCGUCCCCCGACUUCACCAUGGCAGGGUCGGAGGUCAACUGGCCCUCCACCAGCGCGGUACAGGGUAGCUCGUCAGCCCCGGCCUCGAGCCGCCACUUGUCUCCGUCUUCGGCAUUUCCUCCGCCCUCGUCCCCUCCGACUCCGUCGUCCUCCUCCUCCUCCGUGUCCCUCGCCGGCGCCCCCUACACGGGCAAAGUCCACUUCUGCCACUGCGGCAAGGCCUACACCCUGAAGAGCAUGCGCGACCGGCACGUGAAGAUGCAGCACCUCAACCUACGGCCCUUCGGCUGUCCCGUUUGCACAAAGUCCUUCAAGAUGAAGCACCAUCUGACCAAGCACCUUAAGACUCACGGGGGGCUGCGGCCCUACGAGUGCGGCCUCUGCGGAAAGAAAGUCAUUUGGAGAGACAGCUUCCUCAGGCACCAGGCCCGGUGUGAGCGACUCGCCUCCAGCUCCUCGGCCGGCGGCGACCACGCGGGCGCCCCCGCGGCAGGCGGCGGCGCCGGCGGCGGCUUCGAUUACGGAUUUGAAGACGGCGAGGCUUUUCUGGCGCCGGAAGGACAGGUGAAAGUGGAGGAGGCGGACUUCCACGGGGGGAUGGAGGGCGGGAUGCGCGGGCUCCUGGGCAGCGUGUCCGGGAUGGUGGACGAGCUGAGAGCUCAGUCCCCGGACCUGGAGGGCGGUGGUCAUGUCUUCAAAGAGGAGAGGAGUGAGAGCUUUGGCGCCAACUAAACACAAACACGUGCUGACACGACCACUUCCACCAACACAAAGUCAUCGGCAGCUCCACGGGCUUUUGUUUCACACUUUUCAUGCCAUGAAUGACGUUUAUAAUAAUAUGUUUAGCAGUGAUGUGCUUUUAUCAAAUGGUCCUAUUUCAUUUGUUGUUAAGUGAUGCUGUAAGCUGUGCAUCUGUGUUGUGAAUCUACUUCAUGGGACCAAUCAAAGUUCAUUUGCAUUUUUGCACAUACAUUUUUUUACUAAUACAAUAUGAUAAUAAAUGUUCUUCUGCGACACAAUGAUGCCUCUUCAUACAAAGGUACGGUCUUGAUUUCAAAUUCAAGGACAUUGACAUUUUUUGCAGAACGUCUCGUUAAAGCUGAGGCUUAUUCUUUAAUAACAAAAGUCAUUUAAAACUAGACUAGAAGAGUCUGGCUCAUACCCGGACGGUUCCUUUGCAGCACAAUGGUGAAGCACCAGAGGCUCAACGCUACAGAAUCCCUCUCCUUUGAUCCAUUUUGUAGUGCCUGAAGAAGGUAUCCUGCCGUUAUCCGUUAAUAAAAGUCCCAGAUAUCCUUCAAGGUGAAAAGCCAAUAAAUGGGCCUCAUUUAAAGUAAUGAGAUGCAUUGGUAUUGCGCUAAUGCAUGGCCCUUAUUUGUAGUUCAAUUAGGCCAAGUGUUACAUUUCUGGAGGUUUUUUGGGGAUUCUGUGGCCAUUCAGGUGAGGGACAAACCCCACUCUCGUUGUUGCCAUGCAGUGUGAUGCAGGUUUCGGGCCAGCGGGCCAAUUAUUGCAGGAAACAUUGUAUGCAGAUGGAGCUCCUUGAUAAUUGGGAUGUUAGAGGCAGCGGCCCUUGAAAAGUUCUACCGUGGCAUUAUUUCUAAUGAUGGGAGACAGGUGUUUUUGUUCCACCUCUGGGCAUCUUUUUCUUUUUCAGCGUUUAAUUAACUGGGACAAAAUGUACACCUGGGCUUAAUUGAAAUCAGGUUUCUUUUCAGUUCAACCCUCUGACGCUUGGAUUCCCGCCUGAGAUGGAUGAUUGGCCUCCGGAGGGGGUUUUCAAGAGUUCAGUUAUGGAUCAUGGGUUGAUUUUGGGGCUAAUGCAUUCACUCUUUCUUUUCCCACUUUAGUUAUUCAGCUGCUCAGUGAACCUUGAAACUGACUGCAAUCUCUGCUAUCGUCAUGGUUACAAACGGCGGGGUACCCUUAAUCGGGUCGCACUGAGUAUUUCUCUAGUACUGAGUCCAUCCAAUCUAAAUUCACAUGGAUCAGUUGUUAAUUUAGAAAAAAAGCCGAAAAACAAGGUGAAGGGCCCAAAUGUUUUCUCACUUACUGCCACUUUGGAUUUAACCCUGCUAUUACUUUUGGGGUCAAUUUGACCCCAUUCGAUGUUUAACGUCUCUAAAUAGAUACCUAACAUCAUUUCUUUUGCUUCAAAUUGCACGACUUUACCUAAUUUAAGGGGGACAGCUGGGUAAACAUAAAUUAACAUGUCCUGUACACUUGUUGGAUGCAUCGGUGUUGUUCGGGCCGUUAUAUCUGCAUAGAACUAAUGAGGUCGUCCACAGGUCAGACACAAAAUCUGCACCUGCAAACCCAAGCACUCACACCUGCAGGAUAUUAUCAGAUAAUCUA